UUCCCUCCGUUUCCCACGAGUCGGUCUUAGGAGACGAUCCUUGCGUCGACUUAAGCCCUUCUCUCUCUGUUUCACGGCGUUCGUUUUCUCCUGAUCUGAGCCAUGUCGCUGCUCCUGAGGCGACUCUCCUCCCACGUUUCUUUCUCGUCGCUGAGCGCUCCUGGUCGUCUUCGCAGUGCCUUCCCGGACGCCAUCAAUGGCCACCGUCGCUUUCCAUUUGGCGCCGCCGCUGCCCUCACCGCUGGAGUCGCCGUCUACUAUUACUCUUCCUCACCCACCGUCGCUCAACUUGACCCCAAGACUGAUGAAUCAAUUAUUAAAGUCGCCCUGGACCCUGAAAAAUGGUUAGAAUUCAAGCUUCAAGAAACUGCAAGGGUCAGUCAUAACACUCAAUUAUUCAGGUUCUCAUUUGAUCCUACUGCCAAACUAGGUCUGGAUGUUGCUUCUUGCAUUCUCACAAGGGCUCCAGUUGGAGAAGAAUCAGAAGGGAGGAGAAAAUAUGUGAUUCGUCCGUAUACUCCCAUAUCAGAUCCGGAUUCAAAAGGUUACUUUGAUUUAUUAAUCAAGGUAUAUCCAGAUGGGCAAAUGAGUCAGCAUUUUGCAACCUUACAGCCAGGCGAUGUUGUUGAAGUUAAAGGGCCAAUUGAGAAGCUCAGAUAUAGCCCAAAUAUGAAAAAGAACAUUGGAAUGAUCGCAGGGGGCACAGGUAUUACACCAAUGCUGCAGGUUAUAAAGGCUAUUUUGAAGAAUCCUGAUGAUAACACCCAGGUAUCCUUGAUUUACGCUAACAUAUCACCAGAUGAUAUCUUGCUGAAAGGGGAACUUGACAGACUCUCUACAAGCUACCCAAAUUUGAAGGUAUUCUACACAGUGGAUAAGCCUUCCAAAAACUGGAGAGGAGGUACAGGAUAUGUAUCAAAGGACAUGGUUUUAAAAGGCUUACCGAGUCCUGGAGAAGAGACACUGAUACUCGUAUGUGGUCCCCCAGGUAUGAUGAAGCAUAUAUCUGGAGACAAGGCAAAAGACAGGUCGCAAGGCGAGCUCACCGGCAUACUUAAGGAGCUGGGAUAUAGCGAAGAGAUGGUCUACAAAUUUUGAGCCUGAAAUUAUGCAAGAUUGAGAAGAUGCUUCUUGUUGGUUGUCUGAUGCCCGCGGGAUUUCUCCGCUUAAACCAACCAUGUUAGAUAGAAUAAGCGAUCGACAAGCUUGGAACAAUUUGCCAUUCCACAGAAUCCUUUUCACGCUAUUGAAUAAAGCUUGUUUUACAUACUGCUGAA